UCUAUAUGAUAGUAUUAUUAUUAUUAUUAUUAUUAUUAUUAUUAUUAUUAUUAUUUCAUGCAUAGGGUAAUUUGUUAUUAGUUGCUUUCUUACUAGAGAAUAACAAUGCAAUUGUAGGAUUAUGCCAUGGAGUUAGAUGAGACACGCAUACGUAAUGCAGCACACUUGAUGGUUGCCAGUUUGGCUGGAAGUUUAGCUCAUGUAACAUGCAAGGAACCCUUAUGUGGCUCAAUAUCAAGUCAGCUUAGGAAUUCACUUCAGGGUUUAAAUAUUGCAAGUGAACUUGAACAAGCUGUGCAACUUGUUACUAAUGAUAACCUUGAUCUGGGUUGUGCAUUGAUUGAACAAGCUGCAACAGAAAAUAUUGGAUUGGGGUGGCAUUUUUUACGUGCAACAAUGAUGUAAUUUGCUUGAAUGUUCAUUUUGUUUGAUAAGGAUACACAUACUUUGUGGAGUUGCACUAGUUAUUGUUGGAUGUUUGGUGGAAUUGUACAAGUUGUAACUUUUGGAUA